AUGGAUACUGCUACUACGCCGGCCGGAAAGGGAAUCACGGCGGCGAAGCAGCAGAAAGAGGACCUUGAGUUCCUGUGGAAGUGGCGCAAGUAUCUGCUGCUGCUUGCCACGCUGGUCGCCAGCGUGACCUACGCGGCCGGGCUCAACCCGCCGGGCGGCGUCAGGUCCGACGAGGUCCCGCCGCUGCCGGCGGCCUACCCGGACCGCGUCGGCGACCCGGUGCUCCUCACCACCAACGAGCGCCGCUACACCGCCUUCUUCUACUGCAACGCCGCCGCCUUCAUCGCGUCCCUGGUCGUCAUCAUGUUCCUGCUCGACCGGCGCAUCAGCGACAACAGCGUCGGCCUCACCAUCCGCUACAACGUCUUCUUCUACGCCAAUGCCAACUCCUUCGUGGCGUCCCUUGCCAUCAUCAUGCUGCUGAUGAGCCGGACGCUGAUGAGCGGCAGCCUCGCCCGGUCGCACGCUCUGCCGGUGUGCGUCCUGGUGGAGCUGCUCGGCCUGAUGGCCGCCUUCGCCGCCGGGAGCUGCAGGAGGAUCGACACCACCGUGUACGUCGUGUGCCUCGCUGGCUUGGUGCUCCUCAGCAUUGUGCUACAGGCGAAGGCCAUGUACACGUUCGAGCAAUGGCGUGCAUACGUGCGCCGCGCGCUCACGUGCGCCAACUUGGAGCUAGAACAAGAGCCGGACACGCCGCCGGGUAAUUCUCGAGGUGACUCCGGCGAGGUCCGUGUGGACAGGACAAGCACCAUCCAAAAUUGGCAGGUAGACAAGGUGGAGGAGUCACGGUCACUUCUACUCCUGCUGGCCACCCUCGCGGCGACGGUGACCUACCAGGCGGGGCUGAGCCCGCCGGGCGGCGUGUGGCCGGACAACCACGACCCGGGGCAUCCGGAUCACAUCCCCGGGAACCCGAUCCUCCUCGACAUGCACCCCAAGAGGUACAAGGUGUUCUACUACUGCAACACGGCGGCGUUCGUGGCGUCGGUGGUCAUCAUCAUCAUCGUCCAGAGCAAGGAGCUGAGCUCGCCCGCCACCAUCAGACGUGCCGCGCUCAAGACAGCCAUGGUACUGAACCUAUUCGGCCUCAUGGGCGCCUACGUCGCCGGGAGCUUCCGGGACGCCCCCACGACCAUCUACGUCUUUUCCCUGGCCGUCGCCGUCUUUGUCUACUCCAUCAUCAAGGUGGUGGCGUACACCCAUGGACAGAGCGGGCGGAUGGAGUGGAUGCACCGCAUGUCGGACAGGCUCGCGAAGCUGCUGCGUCUAUCUGACGGCCAACCCGGGUCCGAGCCCGAGGGCAGUGAAGAAGAUCGCAAAAGGCUCGAGAGGAGGCGCAAGUUCUUGCUGCAGCUUGCCAUCCUCGCCGCCACCGUGACUUACCAAAUCGGUCUGAACCCGCCAGGAGGGUUUUGGCCGGAGAGCAAAGGCGAGGGGUCGCUUAUCGCCGGCGACCCUGUCCUCCUUGACCACUACUCGAUCAGGUACCAGGUGUUCUUCUAUUGCAAUGCGACGGGAUUCAUGGCGUCCAUCACCGUCAUCCUCCUGCUGGUGAACCAGAGGCUGUACGAGCAGGGCAUCCGGAGCAAUGCGCUCCGCGUCUGCGUCAUGGUCGGGCUUCUAGGUCUCAUGGGAGCUUACGCAGCCGGCAGCUGCCGGCAACUGCGGACCUCCAUCUAUGUCUUUGCGCUCGUGGCCGCGGUGGUCACCUUCCUCGUCCUGCAGACCCUACUUUUCGUGUCGGCGGGGAGAGUCAAUUGUUCAAAGUUGCCGCCAUGGCUUCCCGAGCGGCUAAAGCGGUUGUUCGAGCCCCUAGGAUCAUCGCCGUCAUGGCUGUCCACCCGAAACAAAGGUGAUGAUGAACAGUACGCGAAACGCAAGUACCUGAUGCUGCUCGGCAUCCUUGGAGCGAGCGUGACGUACCAGGCGGGUCUCGCGCCUCCUGGCGGCACAUGGGGCGACGACGAUACCGUGUCGUCCUCAUCGCCGUCGCCGCCCCCAUCAGCAAGCCCACCCAACGUCGCCGGCAACCCGAUCCUGCUUCACUCCAACCCGGCACGGUACCAGGCCUUCUUCUACUGCAACGCGACGUCGUUCAUGGCCUCCAUCGUCGUCAUCAUGCUGCUGCUGCUGCAGUACACCGUGAAGAAGCAAUACGCCGUGAAGAAGAGCGCCGCGCCGCUGUGGGCGCUGCAGGCCGCUGUGGUGUUGGACCUGUUCGGCCUGCUAGGCGCCUACACCGCCGGCAGCUGCAGGGACUGGGAGACAUCCGCGUGCGUCAUCGCGCUCGUCGGCGCCGUGGUCGUCUUCAUCACGAUCUAUGCGCUGCUGUCGUUCGAGGCCGUGCGAGGGAAGGUAAAGGAGCUCCCGGUGUGCAAGUACUUUUCUAACAUGAUGGAGAAACGGGUGUGGAAGCCCUUGGGAGUUAGCAAUGGUGACGAUGAUCAGUCGGCCGCAAUCGGUAGCAGCGUAUGA